AUGUCCCACACCGCGGCUGGCCGCAGUGUGCGUCCAGUGCUAGUAAACGAGGAAAACGAGUAUUAUGAUUUGUUCAACAACCUGGAUGCCACUGUCGCGCUGAUCGGAAGAAAGGUCAACGUGAGUGUGUUCAAUACUGGUUCAAUAUCUCCGCUCUCGUUUCUCCCAUUGACUCAUCGAGAGCAGCAUACCAUCCGAGAGAACGCUUUUGCAUCAUUUGAAGACACCAACUCCUCCACUUUCGUUUCUCCCCAGGACACAGCCGAAAUUGAUCAGUUCAUGGCUAGAGCAUCUCGUCUGGUACAACACAUUGAUCACACCGUGUCAACUCUAUCUACUCUCAGGCUUCAGCUCGAUCGGUCAAAACGUGCCUGCAGGCGUCUCACGUCUGCAAUGGGGCGCCUCCCCGUCGAGAUCUUGACCCAAAUCUUCGUUCUGGCUCGGCAUUGCUACACCAGCAACGAUGCCGACAUGCGUGGCCUUCACAUCUCUUUCAACGUCGCUCAGGUUUGCCGCCGCUGGAGACACGUUGCUUUGAAUACACCCCGUCUAUGGAACACCAUGUAUGUACCCGUGACCAAGGACCUAGACGAAGCUACGGUCCAAGAGUCGCGGGAGAUGCUCUCCAGGAGUUCUUCUGUUCCGUCAUUCCUUGUCGUCGGUAUUCAGCCUCCACGUGUGCCAUUCCUGCAAAAGUGUAGGAAAGGGCUGUUCUCGCCUUUCGAGGAGGUAUGCGUUGGGGUGGAUAUGUACCCUCUGAGCAACACCGGAAAGAAGGCCUUCCACUUCGACUAUAGUGCCGUAAAAGGCUUUCUCGUACGGUUCAAGAAGUUAGAGCGAUUGAACCUCACCAACUGCCGGCUUGAUGCCGACCUUUCCACUCUGUCCACAAACUUCCGCAAUCUGACCCACCUCCACUUAUUCCUUGUCAGAGCUGAUCACGACGACACAAGUAGGAACUUUCCUGCUCUCGCUAUGCCUAGCAUGCGAGUACUCAUCCUCGAGUCCGUGUUCGACUGUAUUCUCUUUCCCACAACAUCCUUCUCGGAGAACUUCCCAAAGCUAACCGACUUCCAUCUAUCCGGUGAUAUCUCUCUGCGCAGAACUGGCGCUUUCUCUCACCCGGGGCUCAAGCGCCUCUCUCUGGGUUCGGUCCCAAAUGCACUCUCGUUGCCCUUCUCGGAGUUCCCGGCUCUGACGGAGCUUGCAUUACCUCUCGUAGAAGACACAGAGGAAAAUUUAUCGCGUUUCAUCCUCCGUUCCCGUUGCCAGCUGACUCGCAUCACUUUCAUCAUCAAAGCAACACGGUUCUCAACGAAUACAGAUCUUCUCGCUGUCGAUGCCGCCCGAUGGAAGCCGGUCGGGAACAGGAUUGGUGAGUUGAUGAAGGUGCCGGUCGUCGAAUACAGUGGGUCUUGGACUAAGAACCAGAUGAUGCGGGAGGUGAACACAGAAUGGUACGAGCGGGAGUACAUUCCAGGACGUUGGGUAGAUGUCAGCGAGUAG